GAUUGACUUCUGCUGGUACAACUUGGGGCUAGUACUUUGAACGGUUGGAGACACGGCAGCACCAUCGCAAGAAUUGUAAAUCUCAGCUUUAAUUAUCGCAUCCGGUUUUGGUGAAGGCGCUAUCUUUGUGGGCUCAAUUUGAAUCUCUUUCCAGUAGUUCUAUGUGAUUAAACUUAAAAGCGACACAUCGAUCAUGCAAAGAUAGCCUGCCGACCGACUUAGACUUACAAACACAACCUGCGCACUCACGCCCAGAAUUCUACGACCAUGGCCUCCAGCCUCGGGAAGCACAAGAUCUGGUCGCAGCCGCUGGAAAAAUGGUUGAAGGAGGACCGGCGGGAAGCGCUCGAGGCGCUCUGCGAGUUCCACUGGGACUCGCCGAUAUUCCAGUCUGACAACUUCUACAAUUCCGAGGACAAGAUUUUCGCCACGCUGAAGAAAAAGCACGGCCCGUUCAAAAAGGGCCAGAAGACCGCGAUCCCCAUUUGGCUCGGCUUGGAGUUGGAACAGCGGAAGCACGGCAUGCUGUGGCCACCGCACUGGCUGACCGAACGGAAAUUGAAGCAGGUGUUGCUGAACGAAAAGCGAAAUCCGCACAAAUUUGAACCCGUAGACGAGUGGUUCAUCUGGAUCGCGUAUGACAGUGCACAGCUCUCCUUUCCCCUCAUUUGUAUUGCAUGAACAGCAACACAAACACCAGCACACGUCGAGCCUGUGCAUGGCAAAUUUAUGCGCCUGCUGUAGUACUGUUCGGGCUUGUUCCGGAAUUUGUGAUGCAAAGAGUGCCACAGGGAAGCCCUUGGAUUUGGGGUUUUGCAUGACAAAUGAAGGACAGGGGGAGUUGUGCACUCUCAUAUCGCGCACACGUUCCUGAUGCACAGCAUUUACUUCCGGGUGAAUCCGCGGAAGGAAAUCACCGACAGGUUUCACGAACUGGUGAAUUUCAGGAGACACUAUCCACAGUAAAUUUCCCGUACACCUACAAAUGCGGUCUCUGCAUGGCAAGAAAACUUGUCUUCUUUCCUAGUUUAGCAUGACACACUCCAAAUUGGUGAAAUUUGUGAUGCAUCUUGUACAUGUGCGGGAAAUUUGUAUUGCAUAAACACAAAGCGAAGGAGGGCCUGCGGAUGAUCGGGGACAACAUCCUGUUGGACUGCACGUUUCUGACCAAGCCGGAGAUCACGUUCAUCUAUCCUGUGCAAAAGUAUCGUACUCGUACAAAUGCAAGUCUUGCAUUACAAAUCUUGUUCCCAAGGCAAAUCUGCAUUACAAAUUUUAUUUCUCACGCGGAGGAAAUUUGUAAUGCAUUUAUACGAGUACGAUACUUGUGCAAUUCAUAUCAUCCGAGACAGGUCAAUAAAAGCCAUGAGCUGGAUGGAGUACCUGAAGCACCCGUACUUGGACGCGGUGGACACUUCGGUACGAUGAGAAUGAUACUGCGAAGAUUGGGUUUUUGUUUGUCAUGCAGCACCCAGACCCAUGAAGAUGUACAUGUUCAUGUAGUAGUGUAGUUGUGUGUUGCUAGCACUUGCAGUUGCAAAAAUCAAACAAAAACUAUCCAGGAAAACGCCAGUUCCUCAGGAACGAGCUCCAAGCCUGGGUCUACGACAAACCCCACCAGCACCGGCGGAAACCGGUCCGCAAACGACCACAGCAAGUCCAACAGCGGCAGCUCGGGCGCCGGGUCCGGCAAUCCAAACAACGUUAGCGGGAACCAAGGCGGGGCUUUCGCGGGCAUUGGCGGGACCAGGCGGUUUGGGAACAGUCGAAAUAACGCGGGCAGUAGUCUGGCGGAGUUGAUGACGAACAGCUUGGGGUUCAAUAAUGGAUGAAGAUAUAAAUUGAAAAUGGGGAGGAUGUUAGCGAUAGCAACCGCUUGUUUGUUUCGAAUUUUUUUAUCUUCACUCUGAGCUCCGAUAUUAAAGCCGAAGGACGAUAGCAUCCGUGUUUCCUGUCGUUCGAAUUUGAAGAUUCAAGACGAUUGCGGACACAUGUUUUUUUGCUAGCCUUGGCUCUGUCAAUAUACAAAGCAGCGCGUGUGAAGAU